AUGACUGGAGAUAAUUUGAAACCAGCAUACGACGAUGAUCAGAUGGACAGCGAGGCUUAUAAAAGAGGUGCUCAAUAUAAGUGGACCAAAGCCAGGAAAGCUGACUAUGAGGGCAAAGUUGAUGGAGAUCAUAAUCAGGACGAGAAGAGAGUUAAACUUGAUACAACAGUAGUUCCAAAAGAAAAUGGUAAUGACGAUGGUGAGCAAGUGAUAAAGGAAAAGAGACUUCCUAAACGGAAAGUUGCAGUUAUGAUUGGAUAUUGUGGUACUGGUUACCAUGGCAUGCAAUACAACCCACCAAAUCCAACAAUUGAAUCUGAAUUAUUCAGAGCAUUCUCGGAAGCUGGUGCAAUCUCAAAAGACAACUCGACAGAUUUGAGUAAAAAUGGCUUCAUGAGGGCUGCAAGAACUGACAAAGGUGUUCACGCUGGGGGUAAUCUAAUUUCACUGAAGCUGAUUAUUGAGGAUCCCGAUAUUAAACAAAAGAUAAACGAUAAGCUACCAGAAGGGAUUCGAGUGUGGGACAUAGAACGCGUUAACAAGGCUUUCGAUUGCAGAAAAAUGUGCGGAUCUCGGUGGUAUGAGUAUCUGUUGCCAACUUAUGCCCUACUAGGACCCAAACCCGGUUCUUUGCUUUAUGAGAAUAUCGUAAAAAGUAAAGAAGAAUACCCUGGUGUAGUUGCCGAUGACGAGGAUUCAAUAAAUUUUUGGACAGAGCUUGAGGGACAAAUAAAAGAGACCUUCAGUGAAGAAGAAUUAAAAGCAAUUCAGAGUUUUAGUCCACUUUCAACAGAUGAAUUCGCAGAUAACGAAGCAUUGUAUCUGAACGUAAAAAAAUACAAACAAUUGGAAAAUAAACAUAAAAGAAAAUACCGUUUGUCGGAAAAGAAGUUGAGUCAUUUCAGUGAAGCUAUGAAUCGCUAUUUGGGUGCCCACAAUUUCCAUAAUUUUACUUUAGGCAAAGAUUUCAAGGAGUCAAGUGCUAUCAGGUUUAUGAAAGAAAUUAAAAUUUCCCGGCCUUUUGUUGUUGGCGAUGCUGAAACUGAAUGGAUUUCUAUCAAAAUUCACGGCCAGUCCUUCAUGUUACACCAGAUCCGUAAGAUGAUUUCAAUGGCUACUCUAAUUGCAAGAAGCGGUUGCCCAACUGAUAGAAUACUUUCCGCGUAUGGCCCUCAAAAAAUCAAUAUUCCCAAAGCUCCAGCAUUGGGCCUUCUAUUAGAGUCCCCUGUUUUCGAAGGCUAUAAUAAAAGACUAGAAAAAUUUGGCUACAAGCCGAUUGAGUUUUCGAGGUAUCAGGAUGAAAUGGAUGCCUUCAAAAUGAAACACAUUUAUGACAAGAUAUACAAGGAAGAAGUCGAAAUGAACAUCUUCAAUGGUUUUUUCACUCACAUUGACAACUUUGAUAGGCAUGUACAGGGAUCCGAGUCCUCUGAAAAAACAGGCAAUGACAUCCAGCGUGGAAUAUUUGAUUAUUUAACAGCUAAAGGUAUACCAAGCGUCCCCGCACCCGAGAAACCUAAAACUGUCUCUGAAACCGAGGAAGUUGAAACCGACUCUGCUGUAGCCGACAAACCCAAUUCUGUAGAGGGCGAUAUUCAAGAUACAACUGUUCAAGAUGUUGGAAUUACUGAUUCUGCAUCUCAAAGAAAUGUCCAGGCUUAG